AUGAAGCACGCCGUGGUGCUCGUCGCCGCGUGCGCCGGCGCCGCCGUCUCCUUCGCCAUCGAUCCCAACGUCGCCACCAAGAAUCCCACGCGGCAAGAGUACUGCAAGCCCUUUCACGGCGUCAGCGUGGUCUGCCUCGCGGCCAUCAGGAAGUGCGAGAGGGAGAACAAGAGGCCCAUGACUGACUGGAAGUGGACCAACCGCGCGUACAAGCUGCGGUGCGUCGAGGCCAGCGCCAACCGGAUCCUGGACGAAGGCCCAAGAGAAUAG